AUGGCAAACAACGCUGAAACAAAAAAACUUCCAUCACCAUCUACUAUUACUAGCACAACUACAACAACUACCACCACUACAACAACAACCACCCCAGCACCAACAACUGUUCCUCUAGGGCCUCCACGAACAGAACCAUCCACAGAACUACCUACUGAGCCUCCCUCUCCUCCCCCAACAGAAACUGCACCGAAACCGGAUCCAGAGCCUGAAGCAGAACCUGAUCCAGAACCAGAACCAGAACCAGAAUCGGAACCAGAACCAGAAGCGGACCCUACAACGAAGAAGAGAAGAAAACCUAAAGACAGCCAUGAUAACAUAGCACGCUCUGGAUCAACAGCUCUAUUAAAAUCCCAAAAUCCACUUCAUCUUUCUCAUUUGAUUAAGUCAUUUACGCUUGGGAUAGCUUUAUCAUCUCAACUAUCAACUACACAUAAUACAGAAACUGUGAUCAACUAA